AUGAACAAUCAAUACAUCCGUAGAGAAGUCUUCUGCUGUGAAACUUGUCAUGAGCUCAAAAGCUUCUGGGAAAAAGAAAUUAGCAAACAGACUUUUUACCGCGAACUGGAGGAAGAUCGUCAGGAAAGAAGCGCCCUGAAAAAGCUCAGAGAAGAAUGGAGGCAGAGGCUGGAGAGGAGGCUGAAGAUGCUGGACAACCCUGAUGAGAAGGAAAAGCCGGCCAACACCACGGACUGAGCGUUGCCCACCUCACUGACUUCAAAGAUAGCAAGUGACCAUGGGCAAUUUUCUAGGGGAAAAAAACUGACACCCAAGUUAUGCUGACUUAAUAAACAGGAUGCUCUCUAUUUGUGCUUCCAUUUGCUAGGGGAUUUACAUGUGAAACCUCCCCCAGUGCUAAUGGGAGUUAUUAUCCUGCUCAAUCCCCUCUGCACAGAGGACAGGAUGACCGAAAGUGGGAUAGGACGCUCAGGCUAUUUAAUAAAAAAGCACUUGGAAUUAGCACUCCCCAGGACUCACAGGCCCAUGUAGCAUAAUGUAUUUCCACAUUUCCUUCUCAUUUCGAAAUGUUUCAAGUCUUGAGACAUUUGGAGUGUUUUCUCUAAGCUUACUGAGGGCAAUUACCUUGAUGAAAAUUUGGCUUCCCCAGUCUCUUGGAAAAGGAGUCAUAAAAUCUUGUCCUUCUUUCCCUGCUUUUUAUGAACACAGAAAUGUAACUGCUUGCAGAAAUAAAGCUAUUAUUAU